CGGAUUUUAUUUUAUUUCAAUCUUUUUAUUUGAAAUGCUGGCGUGCGGAAAUGAUUCACGGCGGAUUCCUGGUCAGAUCCGGCUCCACGCAUCAACGACGGUAAGGUGAGAGCAGAGCAGCGCGACAAUAGAAUGAAGUCGGUGUUUCGAAACGCCUGCUUCACAUUCUCUCGUUCCUUAAACCCUAGCUCUGUCGUCCUUUCUGUUCACUUCACCGUCCUCAAAAUCUCUCCACAUUCCACUUACUUCAGUCCUCUCAUCAGGUACCAGGCGUUCCGCACAUUCUUCGCAACUCCUCUUGCCUCUUCAAUGCCGGGAGAAGGCGAGAUCCACUCCCCGUCCGCUUCUUUCCCUUCUUCUGUUGAGAAACAGUUCGAGGACUUCCAUCAUCAGCUGGAAGAGUCCGGAGGCUUACGCGAACGCAUUCGAGCGGUGGCUACUGAGAUCGAGUCGGCCACUAGGCUAAUGCAUGCCAGCCUUCUUCUUGUUCAUCAGUCUCGGCCCAUCCCUGAGGUUUUGGAGAAUGCCAAGGCUCAAAUUGGCGUGUUGAAGGAGCUUUAUAGCCGACUUGCUAAUAUUCAUCAUGAAUGUGCUGGGCAGUAUUAUAGGUAUCAUGGUGACUGGAGGAGCGAGACACAGACUGUUGUCUCACUGCUUGCUUUUAUGCACUGGUUAGAAACAGGAAGCCUUCUUAUUCAUGCUGAAGCCGAGGAAAAACUUGGGUUGAAUACAUCAGGAUUUGGGCUGGACAUAGAAGACUAUCUUAUUGGGAUCUGUUUCAUGUCCAAUGAAUUGCCCAGGUACGUUGUUAACCAAGUGACUUCUGGGGAUUACGAUUGCCCGAGAAAAGUGUUGAAGUUUUUAACAGAUCUUCAUGCUGCCUUUCGUAUGCUGAAUCUCCGGAAUGAUUUUCUGCGUAAGAAGUUUGAUGGAAUGAAGUAUGACCUGAGAAGAGUGGAAGAAGUCUACUAUGAUGUUAAGAUCCGAGGCUUGGCAGCUAGUGCGGAUUCAUCAGGACAAAAAAUUCAAGGACAGUCAGAUUAGAAAUGCAUGCUUCUCUUCUCUGUCUUUCUUUCUUUCUUAUUUUUAUUUUAUUUUAUUUUAAUGAUGUAUGACUUAUCAUUAGUUUUUAAGGGGGCUCAAAUGGCAGAAGAGAAACUGUGUUUCUGAUUCAAAACAGAUGGAAAAGGCUUGAAGUUUGCUUGCUAUUGUGAAAGGAAAUUUAUUUAUUUUUUAUUUGAAAAAAUAUUACUCUC